AUGUCGUUCUCUGUUCGGGCUGGCAAUUCCCCAUCGUCGCAGAGGAGUUCGGCUUCUCAGGCGUACGUGUCGCCGAAAAUGCUUCCGCAGGCCGUCGUGCGCCUGAAUGUGCCAUCGUUUUCCCUCCCCACCACUGAGGACUCGCUGAACAACGGCAGCCUCAGCUUUUCGACGAAGAAGCUGGGAACCAACCCGACGCGGUACAAGACCACGAUGUGCAGGAACUGGGAAGCAGGGAACUGCAACUUCAAGGGAUGCACGUUCGCCCACGGAGUUGAGGAGCUGCGCGCCCCAAUGCGUGUCGAUCGCUACGGAAGCCCCAACCCGCAUUCGCAUGCCCCCACACAGGGCAAGACACCACCGCAGUAUUCUUCGGCGCUCUCCGGGCCUCUCGCCUCACCACGGAUUGAGCAAUUGUUGGAGAUGCUGUACGCAGAGGUGAUCCGUGACCGAGAUCUUGUGACGGUACAUGUGGAGGCCAAUCGUACCCUUGAGUCGCUGCUAAAGAAGGAGCAGGCGCUACAUGAGGAGACGCGGGCACAGUUAGAGGCUGAGCGAGCAAAAGCGAAUGAACUUACGCGAGUGGUACUACAAACUAGCGAAGCACUAAGCCUCUUUCUCGACUCCUGUACAGUUAACGAAAAACAGCGUGGACGGAUUGCGGUACUACUGGAUAAGCUGGCAGUUGUUGUUCCUGAGGGCGAUGAUGCCAGGGAUAAGCAAGAGGGGGAGGAGAAUAGAGUAGAAGAACUGCUUAGGGCACUACAGCAAUGCCAGAAAUCCGUAGACGCCUAG